CGAUUAGGAGGCUUGCAUGAGUUAAGGGUGGCCUAAGGUCAACGUGAGGGAACAUUUAUGUUUCAAGUUCUCCGAUCAGUGCUGUUUACAAGGUUUAGAUCAAGUCAUCUAGGUCUUGCAGUAUUGUGCAAAAGUACAAGACUAUCUCUCAGGCACAGAACUAUUCAAAAUUCAUCAUAUGCAGCGCGAGAAAGAACAAUGAAGCUGUUUACAGAUGAAGGGAAUCCCUUCACCUUAAAAGUUUUACUGGCCAGCAAUGUUGCCAAGGCAGACGUAGAAAUUAAAGUUGUCGACAAGAAAACUUUCAAGAAGCCUGCUGCUGUCAGACAGUUUCAGUUACCAAUUCUUGAACUAAAUGAUGGCCAAUACCUUGUUAGUCCAAAUGCUAUGUGCAGCUAUAUCAUGGGAUGUUGUGUAGAUGCCGAGGCUGAUCAAUGGAUUGAAUGGGAUGCUGUUUCAUUACAGGUAUUGUAUCCCUUCUUGUAGUCAGUUUGCAUGAAUAAGCUAUUCAAAAGUAUAGUCCUUGUCAGAAACAUACAGCCAUGUUAUUUGACUGUUUAAUGUUGGCUGCGUGGUAUUUUUGCAAAAGUUAUGGAACAUGUUUUUUUUUCAUUUACACAUUUUAUUCUCUUGUAUUUUCUAAUGUUUAAGGUU